GUCACUCUCCACAUUGACGCUGCUGCUAACAGGCUGCUCACGUUAGCUAUGGACGGAGGAACAACACAACAAGUGAUGUGUUUCAGGUCCUAUUAGCCGCUGACAGAAUGAGAUAGAGAUGGAGGCUGUCACGACGGACUCGUCUGCGGCCGAGGAGGAUGAAUGUUCGGACUCUGAGGUUUUAUGUUUGAUGAGAGUCGGCAGAAAUUCAGACUGGCUUCGUUUGUUCGACAACACUGAGAUCACCAUUGGACGAGGUGUGGAUGUUACCUACCAGCUGUUGUCUCCAACUUGUCCUCUCAUGAUCUCCAGACUGCACUGUACUUUCAAGCAAAGGGAGGACGGACACUGGACUGUGACAGACAAGAAGAGUCUCAACGGUGUGUGGGUGAAUGGGAACCGGAUACCCGUUGAAGAAGCCCAUCAGCUGAGGCUUGGAGACUCCAUACAACUUGGGGUUCCUGUAAUUGGAAACAAAGUGGAGUUUGACUACAUCCUCGUCCAGCGGCCCCUCAGAGACAUUAGACUCAACCUAGCAAAGGGACACAGAGAGGGAGCCAAAGCAGCCCAUGUUCCCAAGAAGCCCAAGAGGAAGUUGAAUGCGGAAGAAGUUGAGCCGUCUACCUCAAAGCCCAAACUCUACCGCUGCUCUUCUGCAGACAAGUCAUUUGCACAGCCCUGCCCUCUGUCACCAGUGAAACACCAGCAGAGGCUCAGCCAGCCAGAAACUGGACCCAGCCGACAGGUCCAGGAAGUAGACUGGCCCUCAGAUGGCUGCAGCACACCGUGUGAUCUGGACAACUUGCAGAUGUACAGCCAGAACAUUCUGAUGCUGAGGGAGCAGGUGGAUGACACAGAGAGACAGGUAGCCUCGCUGGGGGGAGAGCCCCAGAGGACUGACCCGCUCAAAGAGGAGCAGGUCAAGGAGCUGCAGGGUCAGCUGGAGACGCUCCGAGCAAAGAUGCACCGGAUGGAGACGUUAGAGAGGUCAUUCAGUGAAACUAAGAGGCAGUUGGAGGCACAGAAAACACAGCAACAAGAGGAGCUUCUAAAGAAACAGUUGGAAGAAGCCUUGCAAGAGCAAAAGAAAGUGAUAGGCGAACUUGCCCUUUCUCGGCAAGGUUUUGAAGAGAUUCUCUUGGCCAAAAACAAAGAGCUGGAAGUGACAAAGAAAGAGAAAGAAAAGGCGAGAGCCCAAAAAGAGGAAGUAGUCACACAGGUGACCGAAGUUCUGGAGAACGAGCUUCAGUGCAUCAUCUGCUCUGAGCUCUUCAUUGAGGCAGUCAUCCUGAAUUGCGCUCACAGCUUCUGCUGUCAUUGCAUCAAGCAGUGGCGCAAAAAGAAAGACGAGUGUCCCAUCUGCCGACAGGCCAUCCAGUCCCAGACCCGCUGUCUGGCCUUGGACAACUGCAUCAACAGCAUGGUGGAAAACCUGAGUCUGGACAUGAAGGCGAGGCGGCAGACACUCAUCACUGAGAGGAAAGCAGCUGACUCUGCUCAGGUGAUGGUGAUCCAUGAUGACGACAGCAGCAGGAGCAGUGACAGUGACGGCAGUAUGGUGUCCAUAGACAGUAGCCUGAGCUCAGUGGUCUCUGUGGACACAGACAGUAGCAUCCACUUGGACUCCAGUCCGCCAUACAGUGGUUACUCUGAUGAAAGCGUUGAUGAGUUUGAGGAUUAGCCCCCUUUCUCCUGUGGGCUGUAUAAUGUGAAAUGGACUUCUUGGUGUUGAUAAGGUAGUAUGCAAGGUUUGGUCUCAAGAGUUCAGCAAAGUUUUGUUUUUCUUUUUGUAAAAUUAUCUGUUGUGUUAUUGUCUUUCUUUUCAAAAAAAGGAAUAAAGUUUCUUCCUAUGCAUUUUCACAUUUA